AAGCAGCAGCUGGUCUCUCCUCUCUCCCAGCAUCACAAGGUGUGUGUGACAAUGCUGAAGAUAUUUCCMAUCCUAGCCAUCCUUGCAGGCCACGCCAGCGGAGUCGUGGUGACCGUCCCCCAGAAGACAGUGAAUGUCACCACAGGAGGGAAYGUGACCCUGCUCUGCACAUACACGAGCUCUGGACUGCUGGGGAAUUUUUUUAUUCAGUGGAGUUUCUACAGUGCCAAAGAGAGCCAGCUGCACACCCACUCCCCAUGUCACGGUAUUCUGAGUAUGGAUGAAAAGUCAGUCAGUCUUUGUCAAAAGACGGUGUAUGUGACAGAUGCACGGGGAAGAUGUAGCUGGAGAUACAAGAUCUAUUAUUAUUCAGGAGGCCAGUCCUACUCCUAUGGAGCAUUUAAGAAUAGGAUAACAGCUUCAACAAAUCCAGGGAAUGCAUCAAUAACAAUCUCCAACAUGCAGCCCUCAGACACCGGUUCCUACACCUGUGAAGUUUUCAGCCCUCAGGGGGAUGCUGGACAGAGUCAGAAAUCUGUGAUUGUCAAUGUGCUGGUCAAACCAUCAAAACCCUUCUGCAAAGUAGAAGGAACACCUGAAAAAGGCCAUCUGAUCUACCUCCUGUGCAACAGUGAAGAGGGAUUGCCUCGCCCCACCUACCGCUGGUACAAAGUCGAUGAGAACACCCUCAAGCCUGUGACAGAACAAUUCAAUCCAAACUCUGGCAUCCUUUACAUCAGCAACCUCAGCACCUUUGAAACGGGUUAUUAUCGGUGUGUGGCCAGCAACYUCCUGGGGAACAGCAGCUGUGAGCUGGACCUAACAGCAAAACAUUCAGAUGGUGGUAUUGUUGCUGGAGCAUUGAUUGGAGCAAUUCUGGCAGCUGCUAUAAUUUGCAUUAUCGUCUGGGUCUUAACCAAGAAGGCAAAAAAAAGGAAAUCACCAAAUAAUGAGAUGCAAGAAAUGGCUCAGAAACARCCCAAUGCAGACUAUGUUCAGGUACCCAAUGAGGAAAACAUUCCUGCRACCACAGUUCCAUCGAGCAAUGCAACAAAUGAAUACCCAAGUGUUGAUGAAACAGCAGCUCCUGCAACAUCUGACAAUUAUGAGAAGCAAGAAGCAGAAAAAGAAGAAAUUGCCUAGAGUUUAUUGAAUAGAGUUUUCUYUGUCACCUUUGGACCCCUUUGUACAAAAAUUGUUG